AUGUUCACUGACACUACUUGCGUGGUCCAUCGAAUGCCUCUCCGUAACCGUCCAAAAAUGUUCUAAACAAAAUACCAGUAGAAACUAGCUCAGAUGCCUGCAGGACGAGGCCCUGUUUAGCGGUAACACAAAGUCAAGAGUAGGAAAAGGGAGGGAAACACCUACCCCGGCCUCGCUCCUCCCCCCUUCUAGUUGUAAACUAGAAAUACUGUAUAGUUGACGUUUCAUUUUCGCCGUCUCCUUAGCUCCCGCUACUCGGCGGCUCGCUCCGGCUCCUCCUAUGCUAAGGUCGAUGGUUGCUGCUUCAGCCAUUUGCAACAAUCUACGACGUCGUGAGUUUCAAUACUAUGGUUUGACAAUUCCUGUAAACCCAAGGUAAUGGGUUCAUUCAACAUAGACUUUUAUUUCUAGGAUUUGCUCUUAAUCCUACGGAAAGGCAUUCGCUAUAGUGUAUUUCUAUUCUUUGAUGCAUUCCCAUACUAUGCUUUUCACGGUGCCACCGUGAUCUUGAAUUGGUCCGUACCUCCGUCCUUUCCUUUCUCGCUGUCAUAUCUGCCGCGGCCCUUUGGACUUACCCGUCAUUGACCCUGGCCAACCGCCUUUUCUCCAUCCGAGCGUCCAUUUGACCUAAUCGCCGGUGCUAAGAGCCUUGAACAAUGGCGGAAAACUAGCACCGUCUUCUUCGCCGGUUUAACUUCCAUGUACCUGUCAAAAAAUGCUCGCUCUCUUUCCAUUUUUGCUUUGAGCCUCAAGGCAUCGCUUUCUCCCUCCUUUUAAAACCAUGGCUUUCUUCACCGCAUCUCCCUGUCACUCCUACUCACCUACUCUGACAUGUCCAAGAUAGUCGCUGCCGCAGACGAGGUUCACCUCGCUGACCGUCCUCUCCCCAUCGCCCCCGACGGUCGUUAUGACUGGCAAGUCAAGCCCACCACCGACACGCCUACCAGCAAGGACGUCGACCAGCACUCCAUCCUCUACACCCUGUCUUCCGACAUUGAAAAACGUAUCAAGAGCGGCCCCCUAGUCAAGGAUCCUAAGAUUAUUGCCGCCGCUUUGGAUGUAUUUAAGAAUAAAGAUGCCAUCGACGACCGCAAGGGUCUCUUCACCACGGCACUCUCCAUCCUCUGCCAACUUCCUCCGGACUCUGAGAUAUCCAAAAAGCUCAAUGACAGCGCUAUUACUGUUCUUUACAACUCCCUUCCGCAUCCCCCAGCAACCUACAUUGGUAGCGACAUCCCUGUUGCUAUUCAACCUCACCAGCCCGGUGACGUGGCGACCGCCGACAAGGCAGGCUCUACCCUGAACACUGCCCUUGUUGAUGGGAAAGGGGUACCUAUCCCUAGGUCGCCGUGGCAGUUCAGAAGCGCUGAUGGUAGCAGGAAUAACCCUCUUAUCCCAGAAUUGGGUAAGGCAGGGUUGCCAUAUGCGAGGAGUGUGCAGGGCAAGCAUCCGUUUGCCUCCAAUGGACUUCCAGACACUGGAUUGGUGUUUGAUAGUUUGUUGAAAGCUCGUGACUGGAAGCCUCACCCUGGAGGUAACUCAUCCCUGACGUUUGCAUAUGCGUCUCUCGUCACGCACCAGCUCUUCCGUACCGACCCUCGUGAUAUGACCAAGAACAACACUUCAUCUUACCUUGACUUGUCGAUCUUGUAUGGUAUCAACCAAGACCAACAGGACUCAGUACGUAACAAGGCAGCUGGACGGGGAUGGCUCUGGCCAGAUAGCUUUGCAGAGGACAGGUUAAUCCUCGUCCCGCCUGCUUCAAGUGCGUUAUUGGUCAUCCUGAGCAGAAACCACAAUUACAUUGCGAAUAUGUUGUUGAAGAUCAAUGAACGUGGACGUUGGAGCGACCCGCCUCCAGAAGACCCUGUCAGGCGCGCGUUACAAGAUGAGGAAAUAUUCCAACUUUCGCGCAAUGUCAAUUGUGGACAUUUCAUAUCCAUGAUAUUCGGUGACUAUGUCGCUGGAUUCUUGGGCCUUGGACGGGAUGGGAACAGUUGGAGCAUGAACCCGUUCGACCCUAUCAAGACAGAUGACGGUAUCGACAUCUCUAGAGGGCAGGGAAAUCACUGCUCGGUUGAGUUCAACGUUUUGUACCGUUGGCAUGCCACAACGUCCCAAAAGGACAUCGCUUGGACGGAGGACUUAUUCAACAACGCGUUCAACAGUAAAGCUUUUGAUCAGCUUCAGAUGUCAGACUUCGUUGGUGGUGUGACGAACGCUUGGAAGCAAGUCGAUCCUAAUCCUAGAACAAGGGCAUUCGCUGGUCUUAAACGUGGACCAGAUGGUUCUUUCUCCGAUGAUGAUCUCGCACGAGUCUUGCAAGAUGCCACUGAGAAUACGGCUGGCACAUAUCGUGCUCGAGGUACUCCUGCGGUUUUGAGAUUGAUCGAGAUCGUGGGUAUGGAGCAGGCGCGUUCAUGGGGCGUUUGUUCAAUGAAUGAAUUCAGGAAGUUCCUUGGCUUGAGGCAGUUUGAGAGCUUCGAGGAAUGGAGUUCCGACCCCGAGAUUGCUAAUGCAGCGAGACAAUUGUAUGGUCAUAUUGAUAAUUUGGAAUUGUACCCUGGUUUGCAGGCGGAGGAUUGUAUGCCUUUGGGACCUGGUUCGGGUAUUUGCUGUGGUUAUACCAUGACGCGUGCUAUCCUCGGUGAUGCUAUCGCCCUCGUUCGUGGUGAUAGGUUCUUCACUCAUGACUACACACCUGCAAACCUCACCACUUGGGGUUUCCAAGACUGUGCUCGUGACCCGAACAAUGGCGCGUUCGGGGCGGCUCUUCCCAAGCUCCUCUUCCGUCACUUGCCUCGUCAUUACCCCGCUAACAAUGUCUACGCCCUCUUCCCCUUCUUCACCCCCGAGGUUACCCGUCAAAACCUGACCAAGCUUGGUGUCGCUGAUCAGUACUCGUAUGAUCGUCCCAAGGCCCAACCGAUCCCUAAGGUCGUGGAUACCUUAGCGGGGAUCCGAUAUGUGUUUGCUGAUUACCAGAAGUUCAAGACGACGUAUGGAGAUGACAUGAGGAUGCUGACGAAUGGGUAUGGGUUCUUCCUUGUAUUCGAUGAGCAACCGAAGCACGAGACUGAUCGCGGUCAGCUCUUGCAUGCUCUUUUCCCAGAGCCUGCGUCCCUUACGGCUUAUACCUCUUGGUACAAGGAGAAGACCAUCGAAUUUGUUCUCGAGCAUUCGUAUAAGAUUCAAGGUGUCCCUGGUACUCGCGUGGAUAUUGUUCGCAAUGUCAUCAAUCUCGUUUCUGUACAUUGGGUUGCCGAUUGGCUCAUUGGUAUCCCGCUGAAGACGAAGGCUAACCCCAAGGGCUUGUUCACCGAGCAAGAGUUGUACGACAUGUUGACGAUCCUCUUCCAAUGCGUCUUCAUCAAUGUGCAGCCAGAGCAUGGGUGGGCGUUGAGGCAUGGCGCGAAGCAAGUAGGGGAUAUAGUGUUACAGAUGAUUGAGAAGAGUUUAAACGAGGCCUCGCCUAAGACUGCUUCGAACCCUUUGACGAAUAUCUUCAAUGCCGUUUCGAGCUUGAUUUGGCGUCCCGAGGAUAAACAGUGUUAUUCAUUCUUGCGCAAACUAGCGGACACCGGACGUCCGACAAAGGAGUUAGUUGCGCAGGUCAUUGGAUUGGCUGUUGGAUCUUCUGUUAACUAUUCUCACGCUACGGCACAGGUCAUCGACUUCUAUCUUGAUGACGAGCGCACUAAAGAACGCAAUGAGAUCAUUCAAUUAGUCAAUAAGAGGGACGCGCAGUCUGCCGAGCUACUCCGUGGAUAUGUUCGAGAGGCCCAACGAUUAAAUCCACAAUUUGCUGGAUUGUUGCGAGUAGCUGUUGCUCCUGAUAGUAUUCCUUUGGGUAGCGGCAAACCUCCAGUGCAAGUCCAACCAGGGGACAUCAUCUUUAACAGUUUCCGUAAUGCUCAUCUCAACCCCGUGGAUUUCCCGAAUCCCACUACUGUGGACCCUCGUCGAAAGGCGAAUCUUUAUGAGAACCUUCAAGGUGGCGGUUUCCACAACUGUCCUGGUGUCAAUUUUGCACAGCAGACUAUCCCUGAAAUUCUUAGGGUUGUGUUUAGCUUGAAGAAUGUUCGCCGUGCACCUGGUGCUGCUGGACGCAUGGCACAGUUCAUGCUGCCCCAGUUUGGCACCGACAAUAAGGUGUACCUGUCUGAUACUGGCAAUAUCUCAGUCUGGCCUGGCUCUUUGACCAUCGUGUACGACGAGUGAACACCUGGUCAAGCGCUGCGGCUGACGGACUUCGUUUAAGUACUCGUCUCGUUCGCGGUUUAUGCUCCGUCAUGCUCGGAUUCUUCUCCCGUCAUCCCGUCAUUAUAUACAUACUGCCAUCGAUCUGUUUGUUUGACUCAUGCUUUUGUCUUUGAACGUUGCUGUGACACGAUGAACCGACAAUAUGAAUCCGAUUAGGGCAAAGCG